CAAGUUGGACUGGCAUUUCCAUCUAUCCGCAGUGUUGCGAGAACGCUGACUCGACCUCCAGUAAGCUUACCACAGAAUAAAAAUAUUUUUUUUUUACCUAUUUCAUUGAUUGAUAGUAACGUGUGCCAGACAGUCGACUCAGUGAGAAAACAUGAAGAUCAGUGCGUUUGUUUUGCUCUUCGUCUUUUGUUACGUCCAAUGUCGUAAGACUUAUGCACCAAUCGACAAGAAUGCCAACGUUGCUUUUAUAAAUAUGGAAGGCGGCGGUGGCAUAAGGCCGGCUCCGCGCAAUGCCAGUCCGAACCCUACGCCCGCACCGAAACUACCGGAGCCACCGAAACAAACACCAGCUCCUCAAGCAGCGACAGCUAAACCAGUAUCUCCACCUGUCGUGAAGCCCAACCCUGCCCCAGCAGUGCAGCCACCUAAAACGCCAAAUCUAAUUACUCCAAAACCCGUCUACCCUACACCCGCAGUGAAUCCUAUAACCACCCCUGGACCUGGAAGCGUGAAGCAACUUAUUACUUUUUAUGAUACCCAGGGUAAAGCUAGCCCAAUUCGUCCUUUUUCCUACAGCCAAGCUGUCAAACAAGGAUAAUAAUUUUUAUAAAUGAAAGAAGCAAAUU